GUUAUAAAAAUGCAGAGAAUUUGCAAUGCCCUGCAGAUAAAUAUUUGAGAGAUUAAUGCACUUUGAUCUGUGUUAUUUUUACAUUUAAACAGGAAAUUCCAAAACAAAGACAUAUUCAGCAAGGUGGAAAAUCCAAACAGACAGCACCACAACAUCAUUAAUCCAGGGGAUUAAAAUUAGAUAGAGCUGAAAACAAUACUGACUGGAUUCUACAACCAAAUCAGGGAGCCCUUGCUGACUGCAGACAAAAAUGACUUUACGGUUUGAAGCUGCUUGUCCUGAGGGCCUAUGUCCAGGAUGGAGCUUCAUUCUGAAAGGAGAUCCUCCUUUUCAGGCAAGCAAAUUUGAGAUUAACUUUGUUUGUGAACGAGACGACAAAAUAGCAUUUCACUUUAACCCUCGCUUUACGGAAUCAGACAUCGUUUGCAAUUCUUUUGUGUCCAAUCACUGGGGUCAAGAGGAGCGAUGUACUACCUUCCCUUUUGGGGCAGAGGAGCCCUUUCAGAUUGAAAUUUAUUCCGAUCAUGAAAACUUCCAUGUCUUCCUUGAUGAAUCCAAGAUAAUGCAGUACAAGCAUCGAAUUGAGGACCUGAAGACAAUAACAAAAGUACAAGUGUUAAAUGACAUAAAUAUCUCUUCAGUGGAGAUCACUAAGAAACCCUUUUAUUAGAUUAAGAAUCUAUUAAGGGGCUUGUGUCUACUGACAAAACCUACUUAGAAACAUUUGCUCUUUCUAUAAGAAAUGUAAAGCUAAAAAAAGUUUCUUUACUCAUUGUCUGAGAAUUUUGUUAUGAAUCUUUAGUUAUUAUGACAAUCAUUUCUGAUUAAACUUUUUUAACAAAGAGCUAAUGUUAAUAUCUCUUUUAAUCUCAUGCAUCUGAACCUAAAGACUGUGUGCCUGGACACCAUAUUUAAGAGAAAAUAUAUGGUCUUUAAAUAAACAACACAUUAAAUUAAUUA